CCUAGCUCGAGUGACCGAUCGGCCAUGGCUUCUUCCUGUUCCGUCGUCGUGACGGCCAUCGUCGUGGUGGUGCUGGGCAUGGCCGCGGCGGCGUCGGCUCAGCUGUCGGCGACGUUCUACGACUCGUCGUGCCCGAGGGCGCUGUCGAUAAUCAGGAGCACCGUGAACGCGGCGGUGGCCAGGGAGACCCGGAUGGGCGCCUCCCUGCUCCGGCUCCAUUUCCACGACUGCUUUGUCCAAGGAUGCGACGCGUCGGUGCUGCUGGCGGACGCGCCCAACUUCAGCGGGGAGCAGGGCGCGUUCCCCAACGCCAACUCGCUGAGGGGCCUCGACGUCGUCGACACCAUCAAGUCGCAGCUCGAGGCCUCCUGCAGGCAGACCGUCUCCUGCGCCGACAUCCUCGCCGUCGCCGCCCGCGACUCCGUCGUCGCCCUAGGAGGGCCGUCGUACCCGGUGCUGCUGGGGAGGAGGGACGGCACGACGGCGGUCCAAAUGCAGGCGAACAUCGACCUCCCUGCUCCGACCACCAACCUGGGUAACCUCGUCACCACCUUCGCCAGGAGAGGAUUCAACUCCAGCGAAAUGGUUGUACUCUCAGGAGGGCACACGAUCGGUGCGGCGCAGUGCACCAACUUCCGGUCGCGGAUCUACGGCGAGACCAACAUCGACUCGGCGUUCGCGGCGGCGCUCCGGGGCAGCUGCCCGCAGGCCGGCGGCAACGCCAACCUGGGCGCGCUCGACUCCACGCCCAACGCCUUCGACAACGCCUUCUUCAGGGACCUGAUGCUCGGCAGGGGCCUCCUCCACUCCGACCAGCAGCUCUACGCCGGCGACGGCACCGGCACCGACGCCUUCGUCCGCAACUACGCCUCCAACUCCGCGCAGUUCUUCUCCGACUUCGCCGCCGCCAUGGCCAAGGUGGGCGGCCUCGGCGUGCUCACCGGCUCGCAGGGGCAGGUCCGCCUCAACUGCUCCAGGGUGAACUGACGAUGAGAUCGACAGCAUUGGAUAUAUAUCGGAAGCUGGCUGCGAGCCUGCACACGUAACAUGUGUGCCAACAACUGUGUCUCUACCGUGUACGUUGGUAAAGUCGAAUAAAGCUGUAAGCGUUUCUUUUUUAUAUUAUUUUUCUUUGAGGGGAAUAAAACUAUAGUGUUGAUUAAUAAGUUAAGUGGUUAGUAGUACUACUAGAGUCGUGAAUUUGUGCGUUACAUGGAUAUAUAUUGUUAGUGAUAUUUUGAAAUAUUAAAAGACACUUUUUUAUGGUUUAGUUAUUCAGAAAUUCGUAGUUAAUAAACAUCGAGUUGUUAUUGUU